GUCAAAUUGGUUUACAAAUUUAAAUGCAAAACACUAAUAAAGCAGUAUUAAAUGGAUGAAUAAAAAAAAUGAAAUCUUUAAGAAAUUAACAUUAGUUAUAUUAAAAUGUCGUUAAAUGAAACUAUAGAACGGCAGAAUAAUGAAUUUGAAGCACUCCAAGCAAUAUAUGCAGAUGAUCUAAAAGAUAAACGAAAGAAAGCAGCUUGGAAUAAAUGGACUCCUUUAGAUCUGUCAAUUACAUUAACUCCAUUUCAAGGAAGUUCUGGUCCUAGAGAGAUUUAUGUGAAAUUGGAUCUCCAUAUUAUAUGUUCUGAAAAUUAUCCAAAUGAAGUUCCCAAUAUAUUACUUGAAAAUAGCAGAGGUAUAUCUUCUGCCUUACUGGUUCAAUUGAAAGCAGAGCUUGAGUAUAAAGCUAAAAAAUUACAAGGGGAAGAAAUGAUAUACCAGCUGUGUCAGUAUGGCCACGAGUUUUUAUAUAAUCACAACAAACCUGCUAUGAAAAGUUUAUAUGAUGAAAUGUUAUUGAAGCAACAAGAAAAGCAAUUACUGGAAUUGCAAAUGAAAGAACUGGAACAAAAUCGGAUGAAAGAAAAUAUAAUCAAAGAAGUUCAGCAACGACAAGAAAUGUUGAUGGCCGAAUCGAAAAUACGGAAGGAAAUAUCUGAUGAUGAAAAUGAAGAAAACAUUCCCAGAAAAUUUUCUGCUGAUUUUAGAAGUCCGGAUCAUAUUUGCCUGGAAAAUGAUUCACACUCUGAUCAUAAAAGCACCGUUUUGAUGGAAUUUAGUGGCAGAACCAUUAGAAGAGGCCACUGUUUAAGACAUUUUAGUAAAGAAUAUGUAUCAUUUUUUGGAAUGGAUAUAGAUACUGGUGAGGCCUUAGAGAUUUUAGUAUGGAAAAUUAAAAAUAAAUAUGAAUUGCCCCUUACACAAAAGCUUUCUAGCAUUGACCAGGAAGUGAAUUACAUUGCAAAGUUGAGACACGUCAAUUUGAGCCACUAUCUAGGUUUUAAAUAUGAAAUUAAUGGUGAAUAUAUUAAUGUUCAUUUACUGAAGGAGUUUGUUUGUGGAGUUACUUGCUUUUCGUUGUUCACGGAACGUAAUAUUGAACCUGGCAUCGACUGCUUGAGAUAUUUGGCUAAGGGGGUGUUGCUGGCUUUGGAAUAUCUGCAUCGAAAUAAUGUUGUUCAUAAAAAUCUUACAGAUUCGUGCGUUUUGGUUGAUUAUAAAGGUUGUAUUAAAGUUGCAGAAUAUAGCAUCCAUAGGCGUUUGUCAGAUUUAUUGACAACGGUACAUGGAAAUUAUGGGAAAAAAUCUGACAUAUAUGAUUUUGGAAAAUUGUUGCAAGCUCUAUGUUGCGUUGAGAAGAUUAAUGUUUCCAAUACAUUAUCGACUGAGCUUGUCGAUCUAUUAGAAAAAUGUAUGAACAAAAACGAAAGAGCUCGUCCGACUGCGAGUCAGCUUCUUCAUCAUUCGUUUUUUAAUAAACACAAAGUUAGCUUUCAAGAAGCGGAGGUUAUUGAAAAUUUACCCAUGGAUCGUUCUAUAUCUCCUAACAUACAUCAAAAUAUAUCAGCUCUUUCCAAAAGUAGUACUGGUGGCCAGUCCCGAAUUGAUGUUGAAUUUGAAAUUAUGGAACUUUUAGGAAAGGGCGCUUUUGGCGAUGUUUUAAAGGUAAAAAAUAAAUUGGAUGGACGCUUUUACGCUAUAAAAAGGAUAAAACUGAAUCCUCAAAAAAAAGUUUUGAAUAAAAAAAUUGGCCGAGAAGUUAUGUUGUUAUCGAGAACUCUUCAUGAAAAUGUAGUGAGAUAUUAUAACGCUUGGAUAGAGACUACGACUAUGAAAGGUGAUUCCGAAGAUGAGAUGAAUAGCAGUAUUACAACCUCAGCUGAGACCAACAUAAAAACUAACAUUCCCAAAGAAUUAAAAAAUAACCAGACGUCCCUCGUUGAUGAUCUGGAAAAAUUAGGUCUUCCUAUGAAAAACUUUGAAAUAUCUAUCACAUAUGAUAGUAAAUCGCAGGCACUUUUUGUAAGUUCGUCUGAUGAUGAUUCUUCUAGUAGUGAAGAUGAAGCUUGGCGAGGACACAUGGGUGUCUGCAAGAGUUCUAACACUGAUUCUGAAAGCAUACAAUUUGAAAAAGGAUCGGUAGAAGAAUCAGAAUCAGAAUUAUCUAGUGCAUCUAUAAAAUCGGCAAAACAAAUUAAGAUCGUCCCGGAAAUAAUAAAACAAGAGGCCUAUAUGUAUAUUCAAAUGGAGUUUUGUGAGAAAAGUACAUUAAGGACCGCAAUUGACAAUAAUUUAUAUUUAGACGAGGAUAGGGUUUGGAGAUUAUUUAGGGAAACUGUUGAAGGUUUGGCAUAUAUUCAUCAACGUGGUAUGAUUCAUAGAGAUCUCAAACCUGUAAAUAUUUUUUUGGAUUCGCAUGAUCAUGUCAAAAUUGGGGAUUUUGGUCUAGCUACUACGAUUGCUAUUCGAUCAACCGCCGGCGAUUUUGCCAUGUCUAAAAACUUAUCGGAUGUGGUAAGAGACGAACUUACAGAGGAAAGCAAAACUGGCCAAGUUGGUACAGCCCUGUAUGUGGCUCCUGAAAUUCUGGAUCUUCCAAAAGUUAUAUAUAAUCAAAAAGUCGACAUAUAUAGUUUAGGUAUAAUUCUCUUUGAAAUGUGUUACAAACCACUGAAGACUGCAAUGGAAAGAAAUAAAUUAUUGGGUAAAUUAAGGUUAAAAGAAAUAAUUUUUCCCAAUGAUUUUAAUCCAAAGAAUGAACGUGCUCUUCAUCUGGUAAGAGCCCUACUUAAUCAUGACAUUUCAAAACGGCCAACGUCCCAAGAACUGUUGCAGUCUCCGUAUAUUCCACCUCCUGUGCUUGAAGAGAGGAAGUUACAAGAAAUGGUAGUCAAUACACUAAGCGAUCCAAAAUUAAAAAGUUAUAAGUACCUUAUAUCAGCGUGUUUGAAGCAGACUCUGUCUCCUGCUCUUGAUAUUACUUAUGAUAAAGAUCAGUCUUCAGAUUCGGUAAAAUAUUGGCCUUUGUAUGAGUUUGUGAUGGAACUUUGUGUAAAAAUUUUCAAGAAACAUGGUGGGGAACAUUUGUCUACACCUUUGUUUAUGCCCAAAAGUAAAUAUUAUGAAAAUACUGAAUCCUGUGUAAAAGUCAUGACUCGUUUUGGUAAUGUUGUGUCAAUUCCACAUGAUCUUAGGGUUCCAUUUGCAAGAUAUGUUGCCUGGUACUAUAUCACGUGUUUAAGAAGAUAUUCUGUGGAAAGGGUUUAUGAAGAAAAAAAUGUUGUUGGUUUCAUGCCCAGGGAAUACUAUGAAUGCGCAUUUGAUAUUGUAACACCCACACCGGGGAACCUUUUGUCAGAUGCAGAAGUGCUCUACACAGUUUAUGAAAUUAUUAAUGAACUUCCAGGUGCCAGAAAUAAACACAUUUUAAUUAGGUUAAAUCACGCAAAAUUAUUAAAGGCAGUGCUUAUACAUUGCGGCAUAAAAGAAAAGCACGAAGAAGUGUUUAACAUUCUUUUAGAAAACAAGUAUGAAAAGAUACCCAAAUAUCAAAUUCAGAAUUUUUUCGUUGGUCAUGGUCUCUCAGAUAACAUGAUCAAUUUGUUAAUGAAUUUUUUGAAUUCAGAAUAUGAAGUAUCCAAAUUGUCAAAUCAUUUUCAAACAAUUACAAAGAAAAAAACUGGGGAGGCUUGCUCGAUGGCCAAGGAAGCUAUACAUGAUCUUAAACUAAUUAUUCAAAAUGCGGAAUCAUAUGGAGUUAAGUUUGAUAUUGUGGUUGCCCCGGGACUCGUAUACAAUGUCCAGCAAUACUCAGGCAUGAUUUGCGAAUUUUCUUGUGAUCUAAAAAAGAAGCACAAACACAAUGUUAAAGAAGUUAUAGCAUGCGGGGGUCGGUAUGAUUCAAUGAUUUCAUAUUAUCGAGGCGUUAUGGAACAGGGUAAUAAGUUAAAAAAAGAAGUCAGCCAGUCCGCCGUGGGUAUCUCCAUCCGUGUAGAUAAAAUUGUGCAAGCAGUACAACAAUCUGUAAAAGAGGAAGAGUUGCCCAAAACAGAUCCAGUAGUGAUUAUAUUGUCUUAUACUAGUUCUUCCAAUUUGGUGAAGGAAACCAGAAGGAUCCAAAAAUCGUUGUGGAAUGCUGGUAUAAGAUGCUUUGUUGUACAUGAUGUAGGAGAUGAUGAGAUACAAGAAAAAGUAAAUUUUGUUAAAAUGGCUCAUGUUAUAAUAUUAAGUGACAAUGAACAUGGAAUUGUUAGAGUAAAAAGUUACGAUGGAGAUACUAAAGACAGAUUUCAGGAAAAGAGGUAUACAGUUUCCGAAUUGCUGGAAACAGCACAGAAAAUUUUUAAACCUAAUAAUGAAGCAUUUCAUGAUAACACCCAUGCAGUUGUACCUAUUUCGAGAUCUGAAAGCAAAACAGGGUAUAUUGAAAAAAAUGAACCUGAUAGGAUUGUUGAUAUCUCCUUUGUGACAGUUGAGAAAUUAUCUUCCAAUACAAGAAAAAGAUAUGAAAAUCAGGUUCGAUCCCAACUAGAUGGGCUGUUUAAGAAACUAACAGGUUUUAUAGCAGUGUUAGGUGUUAAUCUAGAAUCAGAUGUUAUAACGACAUUAGCUUCUGUUCUCAAUCUUGAAUCUGAAAAUUCUUUUCUUCCGUCUGUUGAUAUGUGUUCAAGAAAGCAUCAACGGCAUAAAAAGUAUUUAGGCGAUAUUUGUGAUGAAAUAUGGGACUUGAAGUUGAAGAAAACAAAUCCAGUUAUUAUUCUUUACAGUUUACCAAGCAACAGUUAUAGAGUGAUUUUUUGAUAUAUUUUUUUUAAAGACUUUUUCUGUGACGCUGUAAUGAACUUGAAACUUGUAAUCAGUUUACAAUAUAUGAA